ACAUGAGUGGGGGUAACAUCAGUUUCAAUGCAACUCAGUCACCUGAACAAGAUGCAGCUUCCACACACAUACAAACAGCCUCUAUUGUCAUCUACUGUAUGAUAGUUAUAGCUGGAACUUUGGGCAAUGCUCUGGUUAUCUAUGUGACGGGCUUCAAAAUGAAGAAAACAGUUGACUCAGUUUGGUUUCUCAACCUGGCCAUAGCUGACUUCCUCUUCACAGGCUUCCUGAUUUUCUCGAUCAUUUCUCUCUCUCAGAGUCACCAGUGGCCUUUUGGACAAUUCAUGUGCAAGCUCAACAGUUUUUUGAGUUUAGUCAACAUGUUUGCCAGUGUCUUCAUUUUAACAGCCAUGAGUUUGGAUCGUUGUUUGUCCAUCUGGGUGGUGGUGUGGGCCCACAACAAGCGCACAGUCUGCAAAGCUCAGCUCAUAUGUGUUGGUAUCUGGGUGAUUGCUGCGGUCUGCAGCACUCCUUAUGCCACUUUUCGCACUGUUGUGGAAUACAAUGGGGUACAUUACUGUGGUUAUUCUAUGACACAUGAACAGCAAUGGAGUCUCCACAUUUUUCGCUUUCUUAUGGGCUUUGUGAUCCCAUUCCUGGUCAUAUUUGUGUCUUACGUGGCCAUAGGCAUACGUGCAAUGCGCAUGUCAAGAACAAGGAGACGCAGAUCUCGCCGAAUCAUUUUCUCAAUCAUUUUUGCAUUCUUCAUCUGUUGGUUGCCCUUCCAUGUUUGCAAUUUUAUAGAAUUAAAGGCUGUGACUAACCCUAAAACCUUGCCCAUUGUUAGAAUCGUGGGUUCUCUGACUUUGAGUCUGGCUUUUCUGAACAGCUGCUUGAACCCCAUCCUUUAUGUUUUCAUGUGUGACGAAUUCAUGAAGAAGCUUCGGCAGUCCAUAUGUUUUGUACUCGAAAGUGCUCUGGCAGAGGACCAUUUAUCGUUUAUGUCCACUCGCUCCGUGUCAUCAACCUUUUCAAGGAUUUCCCAAAAGUCAGAAGCUGCUGCAACUUUGGAGAAGAUCGACCCAGCUGCUUUUGAAUCCUGCACAGAAAGCAAAGUAGUCAUCACUGAGGAGACACCAAACCCCGAAUAAAAACUUACCGUUGGCAAUGUAAAUUUGAAUUAAUUUUUUAAUGUAAAAUUUAAUCUCAGGAUGAUUCAGAUUGUAAAUUUGUGCAAAAAAAUCUAAAAUGUUUUGUUGUUUUGUUUUUGUGACCCCUACUGUUUUCUUUAGAUUUUUCUAACUAUUCCAGGGGAAAUCUCACUAUGCUCCAUGCAGUAGUAAGAAAACUAAACUAGCCAUUAUAAUAGAAAACCUAUGAAGCUUUGAAUUGUGGUGUUUAAUUUGUUAAAAAUGAAUUAUGUAAUCCAUACAGUCAUAUUAACAUUUUUGAUUGAAGAACAGCUUUAUAUUUGUGUAUAUGAGUUUCUAAUGCUCUAGAUUAUUUCAUGUUUUUUAAUAUCAGCAUCCACUGAACGGGGUAUUAAUUAUGCACAUAAUUAACCAGAAUAAUUGUCUCAUUUCUUUAAAAAUUCGUAAUAAACCAUACCUUACAGAUUUUAUAUUGUUAUCAAUCUCAAAACCCACAGUAGCCAUUUGUUGUCUUAUCUCUGUGUUCUGUAGCAAUUUAAAAUUAAAUGGUCCAAAGUCGUCUUCAUCACAGUGUAGCAGAGGUGGGACCAAGUCACUGU